AUGGUAUCAAAAGGAGGAAGCACUUCUUUGCCGUAUUACACCGGGAAGAGGUACUACAACGCCGACGGGACUUCUGUGAUACUCUCGAGGAAGAGAAAACAAAAACCCGGCAUCGGCACGUGGUGCUUAGCCAUUGCGCUCGGUUUUGUCAUACUACUCGUGUUGAAAGCGAACGGCGACGACGACGCGAAGACGAUUUUACGGAGAGAUGACUCGGACGUGUGGGUGGAGAUACACCCGGACUUGUCGGAGAAGAACACCAUGCACAGAGAGUUGCACAAACGGUUUCAUCCGCACGCGGAAAUCAGAGGGAAGAAACAAUGGAUCGUCAGUGGGAAACACGGCGACGGGUACGCGCACAUGGCAAUGGCAACCGUGAUGGCGAACGGGACAGUGUUAGUGGCGUUUCAAACGAGUAAAGAAGGUGAAGGGAAACCGGACCAACACAUCGCGUUCGCGUACGGAGAGAGAAAAUCAGAGGACAAGAUUAGUUUCGGUAAAGUCGUGAGAGCGCCGACGGCGGGAGGAGGAGGUCCCGGGUCGAGCGAAUUAGGAGUGGUGUGGUCGCCGGUGUUGCACACGUGCGCGGAAACUGGGAAAACGUUUUUGUUUUACUCGCAGUCGACGAAGAAUUGUCGAGCACCUGGAGGGGACGUCAAGGUUAUCGAGCUGGAUCCCGAGACGCAGAAAUGGUCGGCGCCGGAGACCAUAUUACCGUAUUCCAAAGGGAACAUUAAUAAAGUGAUUGCUAAUACGGUGACGGUGACGAGAGACCAAAAGACGUGGAUAUUACCAUUUUGGAGAGAGAGAGGUAGAUGCGACAACACGGAAGUGUCUCCAUCGGCUGGGGUGUUGAUUUCAAAAGAUAAAGGGAAGACUUGGAAAGCGCAAGGGUCGAUUACGUUGCCAAACACGUGGUUGAUUGAGCAAAGCGUUGUAGAGUUGACUUCGAAAGCGACGAAUAACGGUGGCGGCGGCGGCGGCGAUGAAAAUGAUCACAACAAUAAUAUUAGCGUGAAUAGAAUAGCGAUGUUUUGUCGAACUGCCGCUGGACACGUUUUUAGAAUAGACUCGAACGAUUUAGGCGCGACGUGGGAACACAAAGCGAAACCAGUCCUCGCGUUGCCAAAUCCAAACGCAAAGUUAACGAUGAAAACGUUUGGACCGAGUGGAAGAUAUCGAGCGGAUGGUGGAGGUAAAAACUGGAUCGUUGCCGUGAUGAACGACCACAAAGAGUUGCCGCAACCGUAUCGAAGAUCGAGGUCUAAGUUGCGUUUGAUCGUUUCGCACGAUAACGGGAAAUCCUGGACCCGACUGGCAUCGAUCGAAGAAGGCAUUAAACCGGGAUUGAGACAUCAUUACCCGACGCUAAUUCCUUUGCCAAAGUUUACGUAUAGCGGUAGAGAAUCGAGAGGUCAAGAUAUAGUCGACGAGGAAGGAGAAAUCGAGUACGAGGCGUUGAUUGUGUAUUCCACGUUCAUCAUGAAAGGUUUCGAUAGUAAAGGCGUCACGGAAGGCAUACGCGCCACGUUAGUUCGCAUGCGUCUUCCAGAUUAA